AUGCAGCUCAAGUUCGGCUACCUGUUUCCCCUUGUGUCCGUUGUCUCUGCUCUUGUUGGACAUGCCGCGAGCGUGCCCACCAAGCGGCAAUACGUCGUACCCUCUCAUGGCUCCAUCGUUGCACCCUCGGGGAACGCGUCCAUCGUUCCAGGCGCUAUCUUCGACUUCGACUUCGACUCCAUCAAUUAUUGUGAGUCGGGCUACGAGCCCAUCACCGUCUGGCUUCUGGAGCAGGAGCCCACCGAUGCCGACGUCACAUCUGAUGGUGUAUUCCCUAACGGGACUUACCUCUACAACUUCGGCGAGUGGCUCAUCCCCAACUUUGGUCUCCCUGCCGAACAGACCCCUCCGCCUCCACCUUCGACGCUCACGAUGCCCGACUUCUCCACUGCCGCGUUUGGAGGGCUGAUAUUCAGUAACGCCACUCUUUACCUCGCUGUAAUCGAGACGUACAUGGAUUGCCCUGGCUACGUAGCGAAAGAAUACGGGCUCUCUAGCACCCCGAUCAUCUACAAUCCGAUUCCGAGCGCCUGA